AUGACAAAUCUUAAAGGCCUGCUUGCAUCGGCUCUUGUUGCCACGAGCGUUUUUCCAUCUACGCUCGCACUGCCUGUCCAGGAGACGGACCUCGAACGCCGAAGUGGGACGUCUUCUGAACAGAUCACCUAUGUGUUACCCAUCUGGGAAGGCGCCCUGGCAAGCCAUUCUCAAAACGAUGAUCUUGCGGUGCUGAAUGAUAUGAAAUCCCGCCUAGGUACUGGGGGCCAGUAUACCAAGCUCGGAUGGUCGUUCUCUUCAUGGGCACUGAGUCGCGAUAGCCAGGGCGCUAGCUCCGACUAUCAAUUCGAUCCGACUAACCUCAACUAUAUGCUUGGCCUGGCAAAAACCGCAGGCCUACCGGCACUCGUUCAUAUGAACAACGGGAGGUGGGCCGAUUGCUGUACGCCCAACUCAAGCGGAGGAUGGGGCAACCUCUUGUUGGACUAUAUCGCUGCUCAACCAGACACACAGGUCCUGGACACGGCUGGGCAGGGCCAGUACGCGCAUAACGGUGGCAACAAUUACUUCACCCUCUCCAGGCUCAACACGGUUUAUCGAAGCUACAAGAAGAGGAACGUUCAAGCCUCUGCAUCAGUCAUUGCGACGUGGGCUGCUGCCAAUCCUAGCUUAUUUGCUGGGGUCAGUCUAGACUCGGAAACUUUCAUUCCGAAUGCCUCGACGGAUUUCAAUCCUCUCGCUAUCGAGGAAUGGAGACAAUGGUUGCAGAACACCGGUAUUUACGGCCCCAACGGUGCGUUUUUUGGAACUGGAAGGCUUCCCGCUUUCACCAGUAUUUCAACUUUCAAUGCUCAGAUGGGAACCAAUUUCGCAUCAUUUUCCGCCAUUCAACCACCGACAGCCGUUACUCCAGGAAAUCCUUUUUACGAAGAAUGGGCACGGUGGAGGGUGCUGUUGGUUGCCCAUCACGUGUCGGACGAGACUCUGUGGAUUGCUCAAGCAGGAAUUGAUCGAACUGCUAUUUACGGACACCAAACACCCCGGUUAGACGACUACCAACAUGCCGACUCCAUUGACACAUUUACGGCCGCUAACGGUGGUGGAGGUGUCACGAAUUACGGUUGGAACCCAAGCGACUUCGGGGAGAUCAACAACGCGAUGAGAGGUGUGUCGAAGAACAACUGGGGGAACUUCGAACUGAAUCCGCUGACCAAUGAUGCCACAACGUCUUACAACACGAUGGUGACGAUGUACAACGACGGCAUCAAGAUCGUGUGUCCUAAUUCCUGGGAGAACGAGACAACCAAGGAUCAAUAUGCACUUUUUGGCUCGCCGAAUUACGGGGACACCUUUGGCAACGCGGUUGCCAGGUUCCUCUCCGACUACGGCAGCCGCCAAAGGAAUACCCAGCCCCCAGCUACAAAUCCUGGGACCAAGGUAUACGACUUGUACGAUCAGUUUUCGUCAGCGACCAAGAGCGGUCCCGACAAUCGCCUCGUUGCAACUGGUUCUGUGGGAAAUGCUGUGCGAAAGAGCAUAUUUUCUCACGUCAGUGGGACACUCACAUAUACCGUCAGUCUGCCGUCUGUGUCUUCUAGUCAACGUCUCAACUUCUGGACGUCACUGGGUGUCCAGGACGGCGCCGGGGCCAAUGGUGGCGAGGCUGUCUUCCAGGCCACAAUCAACGGGGCCAACCUUUUCGGCAGGGGCCUACACCUCAACAAGAAUUACUGGAGCUGGAAGCGCUGGGUGCCUAUGAUGGUGGACGUGACUCCGUGGGCCGGCCAGCAGGUCACCUUGACGCUCACGACCACCGGCAGCGACACCUACGGAUGGACAAUGUGGGGUUCGCCCGCGAUAUACCAAAGCAGCUCCACCAAUAACAACCUCGCCCUCGGUAAGACUGUGACGGUCAGUUCGCAGGACGGGAUGAACUCAGGCUGGAACCCAACCUAUCUUGCCGAUGGCAACGUCGACGGGGGCACCAACGGCCGCAAUGGAUGGUCCAGUGUCUCCCACAGCAGCGCCACCGAAACUGAAUGGGCGCAGGUUGACAUCGGUGCGACCCAGGCGGUUGGCAAAGUCGUGCUCUUUCCACGCAGCGAUCUGAUCGACUUUGAGGGCUCCGGAUUCCCCAGUAAUUUCAUCAUUCAGGGUUCCACAGACGGCGCCACCUUCACGACAUUACUGACCGCAGUUGAUUAUUCUGCGAGCCCGGCGGGGUACGGUGAGGUAUUCACGUUUCCCUCGGCCCAAGCACGAUAUGUAAGGGUAACGGCCAGCAGGCUCGGUGGUGUUGGAAACGAGAGUGGAUUCCGAUUCCAAAUGACAGAGAUGGAAGUUUAUGCAUGA